GUUUUCAUCAUCAACUCAUGUUGUUGUCAUAAAUUUACAAUUUUAUACAUGUUUAUUCAUCUUUUGCAAAGAUUAGGAUCAACAAUUAGUCAUUGUCGUCCUUUAACUUCAACAAAUUCAUUUGUUCGUGUUAUUUCAUCAAGUUCUGUCAGAGACAGCAAUCGUGAUAAAUACGAGGAUAUUUGGGCAAACGAUUUCGAUUCAUUUUUAAAAAUGCCAAAAUCUAAGGAAAUUGUUUCAAGUGAUGAUGAUUCAAAGUCUGGAUCAAGCAGCAGCAGUAGCAGCGAGCAAGAACAAAAAACCAAGAAAAGACCAAGAAAGGAAGAAAAAAAAUCAAAAAGCGAAGAUCAAUCUGCAUCUAAGAAGAAGCAAAGUUCAUCAAGUAAAAAUGAUGGUGACAAGGAUCAAUCAUGGGAACUUGGUAAUAAAAAACGUGUUGCAAUAACUGAAUUCCGUGGAACAAAUUAUGUUGAUAUUCGUGAAAUGUAUCUUGACAAAAAUACUGGUGAUCUCAAACCUGGCAUGAAAGGAAUAUCACUCAACUUAGCUCAAUGGGAAAAGCUCAAGGAAAACGUUGAAGCUAUUGACAAAGUUGUCAAGUCAAAAUAAUAAUAAUAUUUUUUUUUCCUUUUAUAACUCAAUUAUUAUUAUUUUUUGUAUUUCAAUUUUCCUUAAAAAAAAAAAUAAACAAAUA